AUGGUUUUCCUACGCCUCACCGUCAAGGUCUUUCCCCCAGACCAAGCUCAGCCCUCCAACUCCUUCUCGUUUCGCUCGUUGCUGGGUGAUCGCGAACGUGACGAUGCGAGUCGCACUUCGUCCGGCUCCACAGCCGGGAAGCCGGCAAGCUUCUUGAUCGUCUUGGAAACCCCCGAGGAUGUUACGCUGGGUGGACUGGCGGGGAUGAUACGGGAGAAAUGGAGGAAGUUAAGGCCUGGUGUUGCACCUCUUGCGAUCAAGAAACUGCUAGACGAUGACCAUGAAGCCGACGACCUCGAUACCGAUAUGACCGUCGCAGAUGUGUUUGUGGACAAGGGAAAGGCGCGGUCCGAUGGACAUGAUCAGCGGAGGACCGUCCGUGUCAUUCAAAAACCCAUUGGAGGCAGAGAGUCGCCUGUGCGAUAUCCCUCUGUUGCUCAAGACUGGGAUGCCGCGGCGGAACACUACGAGAUCCAACGCCAGAAGAAGCAGAGACAGGAAGCGGAGCGUGCUGUCAAUAAGCUCGGGGCCAUCACAGAAGAGUCUGGACGAGGCUUCGAAUCAGCGUCACCGGUUGAUGCGAAUGGCUGGGCUGAUUACACCCCAAAUCGCACCCACCGCAGAGAUAUUCCCGUCUCCUCUGUUGAAAAGGACCUUGAAAUACCCGUCUCACCAUCCCAGCGGUCUCAACCAGUUCCCAAGUCGCCGACCCCACAAACUACUCAGGACCUCGGUGCGGAGGACUCGAGUGCCCCUCAAGGUCAUCGUGUGGGGAGUGAAGAGCUAGGUGAUUCUCCUCGAUCGUCUCGCGCGACGACACCGAGAAAGAAGUCCACCCCCAGACGUGACUCAAUACAUAGCCAAGGUUCUGCCAAUCGGUCUGGAGCCGGUGGUUCCAUCACUGCUGAUUCUCCUGCACUUCAAUUGGCGCGCGAACACACCAAUUCGGUGUCUCCACAGAAGAGGCCUGCCCCAGAGGUGACGAACCCAGAUCCUACAGUCUUGGAUGAAGAAACAGAAAACCCAUCUGAAUCAGAAUCUGAUGAUGAGGGCAACAAAGAUGAAGAAGCGCGCGACAAAGAUGGCGAUACUGCAAUGCGGGAGCCCACUCCGAAACGGAAGUCAGAAUCUCCAGUGGCAACUAAGAAGCCGGCCGAGGUACAUGCAGCUGACCUUGGGGCGGCUGGUGGUGUUCAAUCUCGCAAACGGAAGAAUAGUACCGAUGAGCUGCCGCCUAGCAAGGAGCCACGCCUGCGUGGAACCACACCUCCUCCCACUGUUAAUGGCAAGAGACGGAAUAGCGAAGUGUCCCCGGGAACCCCAAGGUUUAGCCCGUCGGGGCGACGAUUGGGCGGUACAACGUCGUUUACUGGAGUGGCGCGCCGCCUGAGCUUCGCGGACCGGACGUCAGAGACGCCUGUGCAGGGGUUGGGACUAGGUAUUACGGGGAGCCCGACCAGAAAGCCACCAGCGGCCGUCGAUCUCUCGCAGGAUUCCACAAAAUCGGCUGAAACAAUCCCCCAGAGCACACCGAAACCAAUAAGCGCCCUAACGGCCCGGCGGGGUUCCCUCUCGAAGGACGUCUCCACGCCGACAACACUACAAACCCCGGCCGAUAAGGUUAAGAAUCUGCACUCAGCACUGCGAAAGGAUGUGCUCACAAACUCCGCUCGCCGUUCUGUUUCCUUUGCAGAGGACGAUGAUGCUCUUGUCUCGAAUUCGCAGCCAGUGCCAACAUCCACGCCGAUGGGUGCGACUAACCCCCCUACUAUCACUCCCGCUUCUCAGACACCUAGCUCUGAAAAGAGACGAUCUAGCGGCUCAAUGGUGUUCCCUCCUGGAUAUUCUAUGGAGCUUAUAGCUCAGUAUGAACGGGAAGCCGAGGCGAAAUUAGAGCUCCAAAAGAAGGAGAGAGCGGAGUUUGAGGAGAAGAUCAAGGCUGCUGAGAAGGACAAUUCGAACCCGGAGUACCUCAAUAUACUCAAACUCACAUUCAAGACCUGGCAAAAGUCUGUCGACGGUGCCAGCAGUAUUCGCAAGGCGGCCAUCAAGCCACUCGAGGGUCUGCAAGCCCAGCUAAAGAAAAUGGAAGAGUCUAUGAACAAGCAGUCGUCUCAGGGCAAGGGCAAGAAGUCACAGGCCUCGAAGCCUGCCAUGUCUCAGCAGGCACUCAAGAAUGAUACUCCAACCUCGAAAGAUGCCGCUAAAGAGACCAAGAAGCCACCAGUCUCCAAUGCCUCGGGCUGGAACGCAGUUAACGCCAAAGCCCAUUCAACCAAUGCAAAAUCAGCUACCCCUAUCGCAAACGGUACUAGCCCCAAGCCCCCUUCCAAGGGUCCUCCCAAGGAACCUACCGCGCGUACCGUGGCAACUAGAACGUUGUCAAAACCAUCCAAACCCACUCCUCUGCAGUCGCAGAACUCUACGUCGGACGAGCAUGAACUGCCUGCGAUGAAGGUGCAAGCCCGCGCCACUGCCAACGCUAACAAGCAGUCCACUCCUAAAGAGCCGAUUGAGGUAUCCUCUUCGUCGGAAUCAGAGGAUUCAUCCGAGGAUGAAGAUUCCGCAGACGAAACUUCUUCCGAGGGCUCCUCAUCGGAGUCUGACUCGGAGUCCGCUUCGGAAAUUGAGACCAGAAACAAGAAGUCCUCUUCUCCAGUCAAAUCGUCAGCACCAAAGGCCUCGCAGCAAUCCAAUGCCGCCUCUCCUCCUUCCGCUCAGCGACUCAGACCCGCGGUCCUAUCUUCCCAACAAGCAUCCCAGUCCCAAUCACAGCCUCAGUCACAGUCCGACUACUGGUCUAUACCCAAACCCUCCCAGCCUUCGUCCAGCCAGCCUUCGUCCAGUCGCCCCUCGCUUAAAGGCUUGCUCAAGGCCGCAAGCCAAGCGCAGGAGGUAGCUGCCGCAAAGUCCGGGCCUGUCAAGCGCGGCGCGAAUUCCCAUCCACGAAGGGGUGUCUUCUCGCCCCCGGACAGCGACUCGGAGGAGACGGAGAGCGAGAGCGAAAGUGAGAGCGAGGAAGAGAGCGAUAGCGAUUGCGAUAGUGAUAAAGAGAGUGACAAGGAGAAUUGGAAAGAGGAUAACGCGAAGGACCGCAGCCCUAGUCCCGCUAGUGUUAUGGAUGCUGGGGAUAUCAUGUCAUCUGGGAAGGUCCAGAAAUUGAGAACCGCGCGUGUUGGGAGUCGUAAUUGA